UCUAAACAUAGCCUUAAAUCAUGCAAUAUAACGUACAUCUACUGUGUAGAACAAUAGGAGAACUAUGUAAAACACAGAAAGUCCAUAGAUUAAGAAGUCCAAAACAAUGGGAUUGUAGUAGUACUGGACACUCCAAGGAACUGUGGAAGAAUAGCAAAAAUGCACGCCAUCUGUGGUAUAAACACUGGAAUGACACAGCACAAAGCGAUGUGUCAGAUAGAUACAAAGAACCAAUAUCAGGAAACCUUGGAUAUCGCACAAUCCGCUCUACACCUAAUAUAACAUGGCAACACGAAAAUAAACUUAACCUUAAUAAAAGGUUCAUGUCUUCCAAAACCGAUCCUGAUGUAUCAAAUGAUAUCAAACAUAUAAAGGCAGGAAAAACUUUAACAUUGAGGGAUCUGUUGUGGCCAACCGACAGCAUGCUGAAGAAGAAAAUUGCAAUAAGCUCAGCAUUCCUCAUCAUAUCAAAAGUAGCAACUAUAGCCAUACCAAUGUGCAUGUCAGCAAUGAUAGAUAUAAUGGCAGGAGCGAAUGUAACCAACUCAGGGUUGUUCGCAGCACUGGGAAUGGGAAACAUGGCAUCAACACAAUUUGGGUUGGCAAAAUUGUAUCUUGCAGCAUAUUGCAUAGCAAGAUUGUCGUCUUCAUUCUUCACAGAAGCAAGAAAUGCAAUAUUCAGCACCGUCAUGGAAAGAACAGGAAUGAUGAACGCAUCUAAAAUGUUUAUGAAAAUACAUUGCCUAGAUAUCGAUUUUCUACUCAUGUCUAAAUCAGGUGAAAUAUCGACGAUAUUCACACGUGGAAUAAAAGCAAUAUCACAGGUGUUGCGUAUACUAGUCUUCCAAAUAGUACCAACAAUGCUAGAGUUCACAAUGGUCACAGCACUGCUGUGCUAUAAACUGGGAUUCGUUAUAGCGUCAUUAACAGCAAGCACUAUGUUUGUAUACGUGUUUUUCACAGCAAUGGUAACCAGAAGAAGAAUGGUAUUAAGAAGGUUCAUGGUAAGCGCAGAACAAAAAGCAGCAGGAGUGUUCACCGACUGUAUCACAAAUGCAGAAGCCGUGCGAUACUACAAUGCAGAAAAUAGAGAACUUAACCGAUAUGCAUCACAACAAUUCGAUUAUGAAACUAACGCAGUCAAGGUACACCAGUCACUAGCAAUGCUCAAUUUCGGUCAAAAUGCAAUAUUCAACGCCGGACUGUUCACGUCAAUGUGGCUCACGCUUAAAGGUAUAGCUGAAGGAACAGGUCAAUUCGGAGAUCUUAUACUAGUUAAUACACUGCUGUUCCAGUUGGCCAUACCGCUGAAUCUAAUAGGAACCAUGUACAGGGAAACUAAAACUAGCAUGGUAGAUCUACAAAAGUUUCUAGAGUUGUUAAAACAAGAACCAAAGGUACAUGACAACCCUGAUGCAAAAGAACUUAUAAUCAAUGCUGGGAAAAUAGAAUUCAAGAAUGUAUGCCAUGCAUAUGAACAGGCAGUAGGAGCUACAAAAAUAUUGCACAACUUCUCACUCACACUUGAACAAGGCAAAACUGUAGCUAUAGUAGGGGAUUCCGGCAGUGGGAAAUCCACUAUCGCAAAGAUGCUAUUCAGAUUGUAUGACCCUUCCGAAGGACAAAUAUUAAUUGAUGGACAAGAUAUAAAAAAUGUCACACUCAGCAGCCUCAGGAAUUCUAUCGGCAUUGUACCGCAGGAUGUCGUGCUAUUCAACGAAUCUAUCGAAUAUAACAUCAAGUAUGGACGCCCAGAAGCUACCAUGGAAGAUGUCAUAGGAGCAGCAAAACUAGCGGGAAUGCAUGAUACCAUACUUAACCUACCAGAUGGAUAUAAUACAAUAGUAGGAGAAAGAGGAAUGAAACUAAGUGGAGGAGAAAAACAAAGAAUUGGAAUAGCAAGAUGCAUCCUCAAAAAUCCAAAAAUAUUAGUUUUCGAUGAAGCAACAAGCUCACUUGACUCAAUGACCGAGCAUAAAGUACUAACGGCUUUCAGAAAACUAAGCGCAAACAGAACUACCAUCGUCAUAGCACAUAGACUCUCGUCAAUACUGGAAGCAGAUGAAAUUGCAGUCUUCCGAGACGGAAAAAUCGUCGAAAAAGGAGAAACACAAAAAAUUAUGGAGGACCCAAAUGGGUACCUACAACAAAUCAUACGAUCAAACGCAGUCAUGAAAAUAUAACUAAUAA